AUGAGAUGGAACACCAGCCCAGUCUGGGAUGAGGAGCGCCAGGCUUGGAUUUUCCGCCGUCUGUUAUCUAACAAGAACUCCAAGAAGUUCGUCCAAGACAUUAUCAACGAGUUCCUGGGCAAAAUCUACGAUUAUGCCGCCGACAACGUCGACCACUGCCACGAAUUCGCCCAUCCUCAGCAGUUCUUUGCCACUGCUAAGGAGAAUUUUCCGCAAGCUCAGUCAAUCCGUGACGAAGUCUUCUGGAUAUUCACGUACAAAGCAUUCCAUGCUCGCAAUAUCUUUGAGGAGUAUCAGAUUGGUUCGGCCCGUUCUAAGGGACAGCCCUUAUCCAAGGCCCUAGACUUCCUGGCCCUGCCGCAGGAAUCUCAGAGCCCGGUGGAAUUGCAGGAAGUUCUGGAUCGUCGAGGCGAAAUUCUCCGAAUUGUGAACAUGUAUUUUCCUAUGCAGCUCACUGACGCUGAUCAUAUCGGGGAUGGCAAGGACCACGUCAUGAUUGUCAGCAAGAACCCUCACUACUUCUCGAAGAACGCCGGCCGCAGCGUGCAGGAGACAAUGAUGAAAGGUAUGAUGGACGAGGAUGGAAAUAUCAACCCCCAUUACUACGCAGGGGGCGAGGAGGAUGAGGAUAUGGAGGACAUGGAAGCUGCUGAAGCCCUUGACCCCACCGAGCCUGCCGCUCGGGGCUUGCGAGCUCCCGAGAUCGAGGAGGGCCUCGACGGCAUGGUGAUUGACUGA